GAACACAGGCUGUUGACCAGAAGUCAGUGCGGAAGGGCUUCGCCGGCGGGGGGCGCCAUGGCUCCACAGUGCGGACCAACAGAACGGGUGGGGAGGAUAGGUGAGCCGAAUUCCUGCAUUUGCACACCGACGAGGGCCAGGGUCAGACUAUGUGGACACACACAACCCACUUCUUGACAUCUCCGGACGACCGCGGCUACAACCUAUGGGGAGAGGCUGUGUCAGCCGAUUAGCAGCGAGGGCUGGAUGCGAACUCGGGUGCUAGGGUACAGCCCGCCAAUCCACACAUCCCUGUAGGGGGUGGUACCGGCCAAUCAAAGGGUCCUUGCUAGAAGGCGGAGCCUGCCAACCAAAGGCUGUCCCUAUGAAGAAGCAGAAACCACGAAUCUGCUAAGCAGGGGGUGGGAGGGUGGGGGGGUGUGGAGGUGCAGGGACGCGUGGUGAUGGGGAUGCACUGCGCUUGCGGAUCAGUAUCCAUUUCCUCGGGUUCUUCAUUUCCCCUGGGACUGCAAGACAAAAUACCCAGGGCCCGGACCACAGCAGAGGGGAAUUAAGACAAGGAGGUGAACCUGGGAGGCUGCCUGGCAGAAGUGGCGCCAGCUGCCGUGGGUGGAGCCUGCCCUGUAGCCCCGCCCCCGCCCUGUCGCUCAACUGGGCUCUAGCCAGCGCGCAGCAUCCAGCGCUGCGGGCUCCGGGCUAUGGACGCCCCGGGUGCUCCGGCCCCAGCCGCUGCCCCCAGCUCGGCGAGGAAGGAGCUAAAGAUAGUGAUCGUAGGUGACGGUGGCUGCGGCAAGACGUCCCUGCUAAUGGUGUACUGCCAAGGCUCAUUUCCCGAGCACUAUGCCCCGUCGGUGUUUGAGAAGUACACGGCUAGUGUGACAGUGGGCAACAAGGAGGUGACCCUGCACCUCUACGACACGGCUGGGCAGGAAGACUAUGAUCGCCUGCGGCCCCUGUCCUACCAGAACACACACCUCGUUCUCAUCUGUUAUGAUGUCAUGAACCCCACCAGUUACGACAAUGUCCUCAUCAAGUGGUUCCCUGAAGUCACACAUUUCUGCCGAGGGACCCCCACGGUGCUCAUCGGCUGUAAGACCGACCUGAGGAAAGACAAGGAGCAGUUGAGGAAGCUCCGGGCAGCGCAGCUGGAGCCCAUCACCUACACACAGGGCCUGAGUGCCUGUGAACAGAUGCGAGGUGCACUCUAUCUGGAAUGUUCUGCCAAGUUUCGGGAGAACGUGGAAGACGUCUUCAGGGAAGCCACCAAGGUGGCCCUCAGUGCCCUGAAGAAAGCACAGAGGCAGAAAAAACACAGGAUCUGCCUGCUGCUGUGACCCUGGGGGCAGAGAGCCUGAUUGGAACUGUCAUGGCGAGGGACCCAGACCCAGCCUCCAUCACAGCUCUGCAGUGUCUGGCAUCUGGGGCUAGACUCUCAGAACAUUCUGGAAUGGCCCCCUUUGUGUUCAGGCUGUAGUUCACUGGUGAAUAAGGGUGCCAGACCCACCAAUGUUCCUCUACCCCAGGAGUGGCACUUGUCACACCUCCUCUUUACCCCAAGCCAUGCGUGUCUCUCCCUUUCCAAACCCAAUUCAUGUCUGAAACGCAGAACAGCACCAAGAAUUGUGGGUAAACAUGGAUAUGCAAUGCUAUUCAUGAGAGUCCCAAGCCCACUGUUUGUCACAGUCUCCCUGAGCUCCUGAGAUAGGCUCAGCUACAUCCUCCUGCCCUUCCUGCUUCCCCUCAGGAACCUGGGGACCACAGCCUAUCAGGAGAACACAGGCACCAGGCUCUCCCUUCCUAUCGCAUUGAGGACUUCUGUCUCCGGCUUGGUCACAGCCUGAGAUGCAUGUUCAGAGGGAGAAGAAACAAUCUCUCAAAAUGUUAAAAUAUACUCGGGCCAGCCAGGCUACCCACCUGAUCCCUGCUGCAGGUGUGACCUCCAAACCCCCAGCCAACUUCCACUGGAAACUCCUGAUGGCCAAUGCUUAUACCACCUUUAGGGGCCUCAGGCAAAUGGGCUCUCUCCCUAGACUAUGGCCCGCCUGUAAAUGGCCAGGAUUGGGUCAUUUAGACAGUCAAGCGCCUUGCCACUCACUCAGUUUCUGCUUCUACUGAUGUGGAGCUCAGGAGUGGACUACCUCUGCCUCAUUCCAGAACUGACAUGGCCACCCUUGCCCACGCUGGACAGUUUCUCAGAACUAGCCUGCUGACCACCAGUGUCUCUGACAGCAAAAUUCUCGAGUCCUUACACUUCUUCUGGAAGGUCUAGAGUCUGCCUUUCAGAACUGUUCAAGGCCAAUAUACCAGGUAGGCUUAGUGUCGCCAAGAUGAAGGCAUCGUCUGAGAAGAAACCAUGGCCUUGGCUGGCCCAUCCGCCCCCGCACCACUCGACUUGGCCCCCAGAGUCAGACUGCCAAGGAAAGAGACUUCUGGUCCCCUUCCCCAAAUGCUCCCAACCAAGGACCUCUUGUUCUCUCAGAAUCCAGGGCCUUGUGGACGAAUUGUGGAAUACAGCAGUGGUCAGCAAACUACAGCCUGUGGGCCACAUGUGGCCACUGCCUGUUUUUGUAAAUAAAGUUUUAUUGAACAGCCACAAUUAUGUAAUGGCAGUUUUUGCUCUACAACUGCAGGCUGGAAGUUGCCACAGGCUAGCCCACAAAGUCCAAAAUACUCAUCUUCUGAGUUUUAAUGGGGAAAGUGCUGAUUCCUAAUCUGUGGCAAUACCAGGUACCUGCAAAGGUGAUCCAGGGACAGGAGACCAAGGGCAGAAACAGGGCAGGAAUGAAGGGAGGGGCGGGCUGUGGCAAACUGGAGCAGGUGCCUGGUCCUGCCCUUUGGGAAUGUUGCCAGGCCUUCCAUAUUUUUGUAAGGUAAACAGAAAUCUGGAUUCUUAUAUGGAAUCUCACUAUGGGGGAGGCGAGGUCUCAUUUUUAUCACAUAACUAAAGAAUUUUAAAAGUCCUGUGAGGACCAAAUAAAACGUGUCUGAGGCAGUCAGCCAUGAUAGUGGGUCUGAGCAGGCUGGGCAGGGGCAGAACACUCAACUGGACCUGUUUGUCCCUCCACUCUCGCUGCUGCCUGGACCUCACAGGGUCACACCCUGGGCUCAGCCCACUUAAGACCCUUCCACUCACCCCCUUCCUGUACAAGAACCUCUGAGGUGAAGAGAGGAAUGGGUGUUCUCCAAAUGGCUGACGUUCCAGUCACAAUGAGGGUCUGGGUCCUGUGCCAAGGACUCUUAGCAAGCCUGUGAAGGCAGCUGAAGGGUGCCAGUGAGAAACGCCCAAGAGUCUGCUGGAACAGCCCAGAGGCUGGGCGCCCUCUGGUGGAGGCCAUCCUUAAAACCCUGCCACUCAGCUUCAAGGAGAAGAGAC